AAUGACGAAGGUGGCAGGUUAUUCGGUCUCGUUAUUUUAUAUCCUUGUCAUCCUCGGAUCGUUUUCAAAUGACGUGAGUAGCUUACUUUGUAUGGAAGGGUCGUUGAAGGAUAUGGUCAACAGCUCUCCAAAGGCUGGGGGCACCCAGUGUGCUGGUGUCUGCGUGACAGAGAAACGAAAUGGCGACAGCUUCGUGACAUUAAAAUGUGCUGCUGAUAGGGACUACUGCGAGACAGAGUUAGGGAUACAAUCAUGUGUACCGUGUGCGCAAGACUUAUGUAACAUGCCAGGCUCCCUCACCACCGAGCUAACGACGACGAAUGCAGCACAAACGACGACGGUAUCUGUGUCAGGAACUCCUACACAAGGAGUAGAAUCAGCGUUAGCCAAUAAGACGAUCUGGAGAGCAUGGUUGUGGUGCUUUAUUUCUAUCUUAGAACUGUUUUCAUAGAGUAUGAUCAUCAGCUCAAACCAGGUAAAAGAGGCACCGUUUCUGUAAGAGCUGGACCAUUAAGACAUCCUAGGAGAGAAAGAGAGAUUAGGCUGACAUGUCCGAUGUCAAGUCAGUCUGGCCCCCUGCGACGAAAUUGUUCUUACAAUACAGUGCAUUAACAAAACUUUAAACCAAUCAGGAGGAAGUAAAUAUGUAGAUCCAUAAACAGUACUGUUACAGUAUGUAGGCUAGGGCUCUGUACAUGUACAUGAUGAAGUGUUGUUUUGUAAACAAGUAUACUCGGCGAGAAGACGAAGGCUGUUGCCGUCACUGUUGUCACAUGAUAUUUGGGGGCAAUAACCAAAUAUGAGUGUAUGAGGGAGACACUGUCAUAGUGUGACUAUACUGUGGCCUGGUUAUGGCAUUGCCUGUAAAUAUGGUCACAUUUGCACUGACCAAUAUUUGUGUGCAGUUCGCAUUAGUGCAACAAACCUUUUGA